UUAAGUCAAAUUAAACUUUUAGGUCAUCUGUCGAAGCUGCUUAUUGGUAGAUAAUAGAAGUGUAACAAGAACCACUCGCGCAUCUGCAGGUUAGCUUCCUAACAAGGCGCACCUAACGUGCCCAGGUUAACAUUCCCAUUAGAGGAAUGCUACUUCCGGAUUCCAAACUACUGAAAUACAUUCAUUUACAUAGCAGCUGACCGAGUUUAACAAGGCUUUGUGUCUGUGGCUUAAUAACACUCAGACAACCGGUUGGAUAUGAUCAGUCUCUCUCAUGUCUUCGUAUGGGAUGAGGUGAUAGAGGCUACUACAUGUUCUUCAACGUGCUGCGCCCUAAAUGGAUUCCUCCAACGUGUCAGAUUAUGGUUUUCCGCUCUGUAAUGUGUCUUGUUUUCGCGGUGGUCAGAGCUGCUCCUUCGGUCAGCAUCUUCCCUGCUUGGUUUUAGAUGUGAAAGAUAACUCCAACACAUCCAGUCUCAUCAUGGGUCAGGACCGGGGGAAGUAUGAUUUUUACAUCGGCCUGGCUUUGGCCAUCAGCUCCAGCAUCUUCAUCGGUGGAAGCUUUAUCCUCAAGAAGAAAGGACUUCUGAGGCUGGCAAAGAAGGGAUCGAUGCGGGCAGGGCAGGGCGGUCAUGCAUAUCUUAAAGAAUGGCUGUGGUGGGCUGGUUUACUAUCAAUGGGUGCUGGAGAAGCAGCUAACUUUGCGGCAUAUGCUUUUGCUCCUGCAACCCUGGUCACACCUCUGGGAGCCCUCAGCGUGCUCGUCAGUGCCGUGCUGUCGUCAUACUUCUUGACAGAGCGGUUAAACCUGCACGGGAAGCUAGGCUGUCUGCUGAGCAUCCUCGGCUCCACCACCAUGGUCAUUCACGCUCCAAAGGAGGAGGAGAUCGCAAGCCUCGAAGACAUGGCCAAGAAGCUGGUUGACCCAGGGUUUUUUGUCUUUGCCACUCUCGUUGUCAUUGUGGCUCUCAUCUUCAUCUUUGUUGUCUCCCCCCGCCACGGUCAGACCAAUAUCCUGGUCUACAUCACCAUCUGCUCCGUAAUUGGGGCACUCUCAGUGUCCUGUGUCAAAGGGCUGGGCAUCGCUAUUAAGGAGGCUAUUGCUGGGAAAAAUGUCUUUAAAAACCCCCUGGCCUGGAUCCUUCUUUUGGGUCUGGUGGGCUGCGUGAGCACUCAGAUCAACUACCUGAACAAGGCUCUAGACAUCUUCAACACCUCCCUGGUGACACCCAUCUACUACGUGUUCUUCACCACGUCCGUGCUCACCUGCUCCGCCAUCCUCUUCAAGGAGUGGGAACACAUGGGCGCAGGCGACGUGAUUGGGACACUCAGCGGCUUCCUCACCAUCAUUGUGGGCAUCUUCCUGCUUCACGCCUUCAAAGACGUCAGCGUGAGCUUGGCGACCCUGGCCGUGUCCAUAAGAAGGGAGGACCAUGCCGCUCCUGCAGCUAACGGCACAGCCUCCCACAGCAACUACGAACUGCUGCACAGCGAGUCCACAGAGGACUUGGACAGGGGUUUGCCUUACGAUAGCGUCUCCAGAAGGAAUGGAGCAUUGACUUCCUCGUUAGAUGUUUAAUAAACGUUUCUGGCCUCAGACUGAACCAUUGCGUUGUUGAUAGCUUAUAACACAAUGAGACAAUCAACUGUGAGGGGAGAGGACACAGAUGGACCAGUAGAUUGUAUUUGUUUUAAUUUGCCUUAAUUUACUCAAGACUGUCAUAUUCGGUUAACUUACCUGCAUUCCUCUGUAGCUCUGUAAAGAUUUUUUUUAAAGAAAUGCUUUGUUACUUGUUGUAGAUGGAUUUUCACGCACUGACUUCUUUCUACGAAUCAUAAAUACAAAACUAAUAUAUUAUGGGCUGAGGACCUACUGAUAACUACAUUCGACAAGAACUUCACUAUGAUUGACAUUUUUUUAUGUUUGAAGUCAUUCAGAACUUUCCUGGGGGUGGGGCUUUUUACAUAAAAAUCUCUUGACAAAAAAACAGAUUUGUUACAUAUUUAUUGAAUUAAAAUGAUUAAAAGAUUUCAAACCCAA